AUGGGAACACCAACAAGUCCAUCCCCAGCUUACCAACAGUCCCCACCACCACAAUUCUCAGCAGAAUUGCCAUCCACAUGGGAGGGAGGAGGCAAUACAAAUGCCCCUCCAAACACACAAUUUCGACAUGAGCUCCCCGAACAGAAACCUCAAGCACCUUACAUUCCACCAUGGGGUCCCUUCUCCAUAGUAACGGAAAACGACUCUCUCUCCUCCAACUUCCCCUACAAUUCCCGCCUUCGCGACCUACGAGUAACUCCCGACCAAUGGCUCCAAUUCACCACCGAGGUCAUCAACGCCGCCAAACUGACAUUCGCCGAAGACGCAGCAGCGUGGACAACCGGCGUCACGACCGGGACGCUCACGUCGCCCUUCCUCCUCGUUUUCGCCCCCGUAGUAGGGUACUACGCCGGUAAAUCCGUGCACAAGAAAGCCGUCGCCAAGAAAGUGAAGGAGAAGUUAGCUGUAGAAGGACCUUUGAGAGCAACAUUGCGACAAUGGAACGAGGGCGUCUUCCUGGAGCGCGGCAUCCAACUCUGGCUCGAACCGCCCAAGACGAACGGCGAGGUAAUCGUCGACGCACCACAAGACGCCACACCGGAACAAAUCGCCAAGAUAGCAAAGAAGCAGGUAAAGCGAUUCAGGUUCAUCUGUACGCCGUAUGACCCGAGGAAUAAACCGCUGGGAACGAAUUAUAGCCCCACGUCGCCGCUGCAGAGUCAGAAUAGUUGGAGUGCGGGUCAGAGCACGCCGAGCCAGAGUCCUGUGUCACCAGAGGGCAGGAUGUUUGUUAAUGCGGAUGGGAAAUGGAAUGGGCACACGCCGCCAGCGGGGCCGGUUGAGGUUUCGGCUGUGAGGCCGGUGGCUGAACUUCAUGAUGAGGAGAAGAAACUUCAUGAUCCGAUUGGCUCGGAGAGGUUUGAGAUGGAUGGGAGUAGUCCGCAGCUUGCUAAGGAGAAAUCGUGA